CUAUGCAAUAGGCAACCCUAAUUUCACCUUGCGAAGGUCAAACGUAUACUUAUACAGCUCAGCAGCCGGCUAAAUCUUGACAUCAAUUUCAAUUUGCAAAGGUUAAAGAAGUCAUAUCUUACUGAGUUUUAUUUUUUGAACAAGGUGUUUAAUACAAUACAUUACAAUUUGUUUAAAAUGGCUAUCAAGUCAAUCAAGGCUCGUCAAAUUUUUGACUCCCGUGGCAAUCCUACCGUCGAAGUCGAUUUGGUGACUGAACUUGGUCUCUUCCGGGCAGCAGUGCCGUCUGGGGCUUCAACUGGUGUUCACGAAGCUCUUGAAUUGAGAGACAAUGUCAAGGGCGAAUAUCAUGGUAAAGGUGUUCUCACUGCCAUUAAAAAUAUCAACUCAAUUAUUGCUCCAGAGCUAUUAAAACAGAGUUUCGAAGUAACUCAGCAGAAAGAAAUUGAUCAAUUUAUGCUUAACCUUGAUGGAACUGAGAACAAAUCUAAACUUGGUGCCAAUGCUAUUCUUGGUGUUUCUCUGGCUGUAGCCAAGGCUGGUGCAGCAAAGAAGGGUAUUCCCCUGUAUAAACAUUUGGCUGAUUUAGCAGGCAACAGCAACAUUGUUCUGCCAGUGCCAGCAUUCAAUGUCAUUAAUGGUGGUUCUCAUGCUGGCAAUAAACUUGCCAUGCAAGAAUUCAUGAUAUUACCCACAGGUGCUGCAUCAUUCAGUGAGGCUAUGCGUAUGGGCUCCGAAGUAUACCAUCAUCUUAAAAAAAUUAUUAAGGACAAAUUUGGUUUGGACUCCACUGCUGUAGGUGAUGAGGGUGGCUUUGCUCCUAACAUUCAAAACAACAAGGAUGCUCUGUUUCUUAUUCAAGAUGCUAUCAAGCAAGCAGGUUACACUGGCAAGAUUGAAAUUGGAAUGGAUGUAGCAGCAUCUGAAUUCUUCAAAAAGGGAACAUAUGAUCUUGACUUCAAGAAUCCCAACUCAAAUCCAGCUGACUACCUAUCAUCAGAGAAGUUGGCUGAAGUAUACUUAGACUUCAUCAAAGACUUCCCCAUGGUAUCAAUUGAAGAUCCCUUUGACCAAGAUGACUGGUCUGCAUGGGCAAGCUUAACUUCCCGCACCCCGAUCCAGAUUGUGGGAGAUGACCUUACUGUCACCAACCCAAAACGCAUUGCAACUGCUGUUGAGAAGAAGGCAUGUAACUGUCUAUUGCUUAAGGUGAACCAAAUUGGAAGUGUUACCGAGUCCAUUGAUGCUCACUUGCUGGCUAAGCAAAAUGGUUGGGGCACUAUGGUAUCCCACAGGUCUGGUGAGACAGAAGAUACAUUUAUUGCUGAUUUGGUGGUUGGUUUGUCUACUGGGCAAAUCAAGACUGGAGCUCCAUGCCGCUCUGAACGUCUUGCUAAGUACAACCAGAUUCUACGUAUUGAGGAGGAACUUGGAGCAGAUGCCAAAUAUGCUGGCAAAAACUUCCGUAGACCUGUUUAAAUGUUCAUAUAUUUAUGUCAAGAGUAUAUUUCAAAAGUUAAAUCCUAUUUUUAUCUUAUAACCCAUACUCUUGUUAAUUAUUCUGUCAAUACUAUGUGUAUUGCCUUUAGAUACUGAAGUCAUAUAAUGAUUUUAUAUCAGAUGUGUAACUGGUUUAUACAGAAAUUCUUUAUUAUUGCAAAUGCUUUUAAAAUAAUUUGCUGUGGCUUUGAGUAAAUGUUGAAAAGUGUGACUAUUUUAAUUUAAGUGAAAGUGAAAAUGUAAUAAUUUAAAUAAACCAUAUAUGUAUAGCAA